UGUCAUAGACUAUAAAAUACCUAGAACCGUACAUAGUUAAAAUGCGCAGAAAGAACGAGACCGUCCUAAGGCGUUGCGGGGGCAUAUAACUUGUCACUAUGCUUUUCACUCCAUUGUAAAUUUACCUGAAGAAAUAGUACGCAUGAGUAUCUCACAGAUACCCGGGUAGUUUUUGUCUACCCUUUUGUUUAUUUUUAAUUAAAACUGAUUAAAGAAAUGGAUAUCUUGAAAUAGUAACAAAAAAAUUGAAUUAAAGCUUACACAGUGUUACGAUGUCUCAUGUUUCAAAGGCUUCUGUAAAAAAAUGGAAGAUUUAUCCAGAAGUGCGCGCUACAGUUUCGCAAAAUUAUUGUUUAUGGUGAGCCCCUACAAUUAUGCAAAAUUCAAGCGAAGUCGGUGUUUGAAGAAAGUGUACCCUUCCCCUACCCCUCAGUGGAAUUGCACCUUCAGAAGAAGGAUGGAAUUGCGUGCUAGUACGUUGGGAUUGGCUGUGGCGCCACCGCACUCCGGCGAACGCUCUCAGUCGAGCUCGGACCUUCGUCGGGUGUGGAGUGCGCGUUGUAUCGUCGUGUGUCAGUGUUCGAAUUAUUCACAGAAAAUCAAGCUUAAGAUUCAGGGAAAACUAUUGCAUGCUUUGUUACUAUCCAUAACAAAAUGGCCGCCUAUCAGAUACAGUGACUAA